AUGGGUCAAAAAUAUUCGACAGAAUUACAAAGUAAUCUAGCCAAUGAAUUUUAUCAAUUCUGCUCUAAUGGUAAUGUUAAUCGUGUUCGAGAAUAUUUGCCAUUAUUAUCAUAUAAUGAAAUUAAUUAUAUUAAUCCUAAUACAGGACAAACUUCAUUACAUGCUGCUUGUUUAAAUAAUCAUUUAGAAAUUGUUCGAUUGUUACUUGAAAAUAAUGUUUGUAAUCGUAUUAUUCGAAAUCAACAGAAUAGAAUAGCUUAUGAUGUAUCACCUUCAAAUGAGAUUCGCUCAUUAUUUCGUCGUUCUCAACAACCAAAUGAAACUAAUCGUUUUAUUGAUAUUUGUCCUAAUCGUUCAUCAUUUGGAUUAAUUACAAAUACGAGAUCUGAAACGAAUCGUCCAGAUGAUUGGGUUACAGGUUAUUUUUCAUCUGCUGAUGCACAAGAUGCUCAAUUAAUGAUGGCUUUAUCGCAUGCAAGUCCAAUUAUGAAAUUAUUAUUAUAUGCACGUACAGAAAGUGAAAGUAAAAUCAUUGUUCAACGAUUAAUUGAAACAUCUAUUCCAAUAACUCAUAAUCAAUAUCAACGUGCUCAUAUACUUUAUAAAGAGUUUUUAAAUAAAAAUUCUGUUAAAUCUUUAUUAACACUUUAUUCACUUCAAACACCAUUAUUCGGUACAUUACAAUCAAAUGCUGAUGCUUAUACUGUUCUCUUAUAUUUACAUCUAGAUGAACUUUCUGAUCUUGCAUAUCGUGGACGUUUAACUUAUCGAGGAAUGAUUAUGUCUUUUGAUGAUCUUCGUGCUUAUCAAUGGGCUCAUGAACAUGCAGCUGUUAUAGAAACACGUACAUUUCAAUCAACAUCUAAAGAUCGAGCAGUUGCUUUUGCAUUCUCUGAUCUACCUCCAGGUUAUAAUAAUCAAUUAUCAGUUAUUAUACGAUACAAGUUUAUUCAAAUAUGUCCAACAGCAAUUGAUAUUCAUAAUGAAUCACAUUUUACACCUGAAGAUGAAGUUCUUUUAUUACCAUUUACUCUUUUUCGAGUGACUUCAAUUAAAGAACGUAGUUCUGACGAAGUUUUACGAUAUGAAAUCACAAUGCAAAAUAUUCCUGUGACACCGAAUUCAUUAUGGGCAUCAUCAAGAUAA